AUGGCAAUGUUGGUGUCCUGGUUCCCGGGCAAUUUCCACAAGUACGUCAAAUCCGAUAAAGACCGCCGAUGUGAGCUACUGAAGGAGCUUUGUGAUGAUAUCAAAAGUGCUGGCCACUUUGAAUGCUCAGAGCGCGGAAUUGCUGCGAAGAUUAACCAGAUUUGUAAAGAAGUGGAGCUCGAGUUUCAAGGAAAUCACGAUCAAUCCGAGUGUUUCAAGAGUUAUCGUAUCUUCAUGAAUUUCUUUGGGUAUGUCGAAGUUACCAAGAAUACAGAAAUGCAAGGCAAAACAAAGUGGCGUCGUCGUCAGGAAAGCCACCGACGAAACCACAGUCGGUCUUUGGUUCGGUAUCCUCUGCAUGAGAAUGUGGCACGAAGUUCCAGUGACAGUGACGCUGAAACCAGCAAUCAAAGCAGCCAGAUGGAAGAAAACAGUGAGGACGGUGAUGAUUAA